UGCGCAGUUCCGGACUAUUAGCGUAACCACGCCUCUAUCUUGUCGUCACGCCUCCUGUAUUUCUCAGACCACGCCCCGGGAAGACAUGCUGGCGCGUCUGCGGGAGGCUAGUACAGGAUACCUACUGUUGGACGGAUCGUAGUAGCCGCUCAGCCCCAUUGGUCACCCCCAUCCGAUACCGCAGGAGGAGCAGAGGCAGCAUGUGAGGAGCACCGGAGGCCGCCGGGCCGGGCGUGCCCUGCGUUUCUCCAUUGACCUGCCAGGGCAUUAUCACUAUGGGCAUCCCCACUGACACAGAAGAGGUGCAUGUAGCCGUCAUCCGCCCAAAAAAUGCUGGAAGCCUCAGUUCACGGGAGUAUCGAGCAAAACUGUAUGAGAUCUUGAUGAUUGAGGUGCCAAUAGAAGGGCAAAAGAAGAAGCGGAGGAAGGUUUUGCUGGAGACCAAUCUACAGGGGGAGAAAGACAAGUCCCAGGAGAUACUAGACUAUGUGCUGGAGACCACAAAGCAGAUCUACCCCUCGAAUCAAGGGGUUAAAGGUAAAAGAGUUGUCUUAAUGAACAAGUUUCCUCUGGACGGUGAAAAGGCCGGUAAAGAGGCGACUCUGUUCCUGGUCCCAACCUCUGUGAAAGAUAAUUUGAAGACCAACUCCAACCCUGGGAGUCCUGUCUUCUACUGCCUGCAGGAUAUCAUGAGGGUGUGCAGCGAGAGCAGCAGUCACUUCUCUACAGUUACAGCUCGCAUGCUCAUUGCUCUGGAUAAGUGGUUGGAUGAGCAGCACACUAAGUCUCACGCCAUUUCUGCGCUGUUCCGCCCGUCUCCUCUGGAUAGGAUAAAGACCAACGUGACAAACCCAGCGUAUUCCACGGAGGCUGGGCAGUCGGAAGACUCGCUGCACAUGGGAUAUACCGCCCUGGAAAUCAAGAGCAAAAUGAUGGCUCUGGAGAAAGCGGACAUGUGCAUUUACAACCCUCUGUUUGGUUCGGAUCUGCAGUAUACCAACAGGGUUGAUAAAGUGGUGAUCAACCCCUACUUUGGGCUCGGGGCCCCAGACUACUCCAAAAUCCAGAUCCCGAAAAGAGACAAGUGGCAGAGGAGCAUGAGCAGCGUCAUGGAAGACAAAGAGCGCCAGUGGGUGGAUGACUUCCCUCUGCACCGCAGCGCCUGUGAAGGGGACUCCACGCUGCUGAGCAAACUACUCGAUGAAGGCUUUUCUGUCGACCAGCUGGACAACGACCAGUGGGCGCCCAUACAUUAUGCGUGCUGGUAUGGGAAGGUGGAGGCCACCAGCAUGUUACUGGACAAAGGAAAAUGCAAUCCAAACUUGCUGAACGGACAGCUGAGCUCCCCACUUCACUUUGCUGCCGGAGGCGGACAUGCUGAAAUAGUUCAAAUUCUUCUCAAUCACUCAGAGACAGACAGGCAUAUAACAGACCAACAAGGACGAUCCCCUGUGGAUAUAUGUGAAGAGAACAAGCAGAGUAAAUGGGAGGAGACGGCUGAGCUGCUGAAGAAUUCUCUUAAUAAACCCUAUGAAAAGGUUCGCAUCUAUCGAAUGGACAGCUCGUACCGCUCGGUGGAGCUGAAACAUGGCAAUAACACAACGGUGCAACAGAUUAUGGAGGGGAUGCGUCUGUCCCAAGAGACCCAGCAGUUUUUUGCCAUUUGGAUCUGCUCAGAGAAUAUCAGCUUGCAGCUGAAGCCAUUUCACAAGCCCCUGCAGCAUAUCAGAGACUGGGCCGAGAUAGUCAAUGAACUGACCAACCUGGACCCCCAGAGAGAGACCCCGCAACUCUUCCUCCGCAGAGAUGUAAAGUUACCACUAGACAUAGAGAAGAAGAUUGAAGAUCCUCUGUCUAUACUGAUCCUUUUCGAUGAAGCGCGAUACAACCUCCUGAAAGGUUUCUAUCCAGCACCAGACGUGAAGCUGAUCACGCUGGCCAGCCUCCUCCUACAGAUCGUAUAUGGGAACUACGAGAGCAAGAAGCACAAGCAAGGAUUCAUGAAUGAGGAAAAUUUAAAGUCCAUUGUACCAAUCACCAAGCUGAAGAGUAAAGCCCCUCAUUGGACAAACCGCAUCCUCCAUGAGUACAAGAUUCUGAGUACAAGUGAAGGGGUCAGCAAAGAAAUGCACCACCUGCAGCGCAUGUUUCUCCAGAAUUGCUGGGAUAUACCCACCUACGGAGCAGCCUUCUUCACAGGACAGAUAUUCACCAAGGCCACGUCCAGCAGUCACAAGGUCAUUCGGGUGUAUGUGGGUGUCAAUAAUAAGGGGCUGCACCUUCUCAACCUGGAGACCAAGGCUCUAUUAAUUAGUCUAAAGUUUGGCUGCUUUAAGUGGCAGCUGGGAGAAGGAGAUACCUGCUUCCAGAUCCACAGCAUGGAGAACAGAAUGAGCUUCAUUGUCCACACCAAACAGGCCGGCCUCGUAGUGAAGCUCCUGAUGAAACUGAGCGGCCAGUUAGUGCCCGGAGAUCAGAACAUCACAGAGCGUUACGGUUACGGAUAGCCAGUAAGACGUCUCCGCACCACGUCCUCUAUGCACCUACCGAGCCCUCACUGAGUUCGAUGCAGAAGCCUCGGCCGCAGACUGGUUGGCAGGCGCCGCCCAUUCAUCCGCUUCUUUUUAUAUGUAUUUUUGUACACUCCUUUUAUUUUUUCAUUAUCAAUAGAAGUGCUGUCAAAAAAAAAGCAUUUAUUUAUAAAAAAAAAAAACGUAAA